UAUAUUUGGGUUUUGCACCUCAAGAAUGUAACAGUGGCUGUUUUGGCCCUUGUUAGUAUUUUUAUAAAAAAAAUUAGAGGAACAGCACUACAGCAGCAGCACCAGACGCAACCUGACCCAAACGUGAAAAAUUGGAAGGCAAGCUCUUCGGGUCACGGAUCGAUCCUCUCCUCAAACCACGCAGCCUUCUUCCUCACCGUAUUAUUGGGACCGGAGGAAAUCUCUCAGGUCGAGAAGAACCCGCUGCCUCUAAAGCCCACAACUCCACCUCCAGACCGGGGCCACCGCCACCUCUUCUUGUUGCAACUGACUGAUCUAGAGGAACAAAAGCCAUGGGAGAGAGAGGGAGAGGAAGGGGAAGGGGGAAGAAAGGAAGGUAGAAAGGCUCCCCGGCCACCAAUGGCUGAGGAACCCAAGGAGGCUCCUCGUCGGGAAGAGGAAAAGAGGGAGAGAGAUCAGGGGAACCAGUGACGAUGGCUAGGGAGGAGAGUCUGGUAACCACAGUGAAUCUUAUCGAGAAGAGGAGUCUGGCCGCCGCACUUGAAAGGUGCAGGGAAAUGAAGAGAUUGGAGGAGAUUUGAGAGAGGCUUAGGCGUUAUAUCUAUGAUUAUUUUUUGAAAAGAAACUUACAUGCUACUGCUCAAGCUUUUAAAAAUGAAGUGAAUAUCCCUGAUGAACCCAUGGAAAUUCUUGAUGAGUAUCAUAGCAAUUUCUUUCUUGAUUGGUGGUCAAUCUUUAGUGAUUUAUACUUUCAAAAGCAGUCAAGUGGUGAAAGUCAAGGGGCUAUCCAGAAGGAGUUUCUAUUGGAGUCCUUUAAAAGAUCAAAUAAGCAAGAUUCGUGGCUUCAAGCACUCAUAAUGCGCCCCAAUAUGACACCACAAGGGGCAUCAUUAUUACAAUCAAAUAAUUCUAUUUUACCUUAUUUUCCUUUGAUAUCAAAUCAAGAGAAUGAGAGGCAAUGCACCCCGAUACGUCAAUUUGCUUGUAUAGAUGAAACAGGGGCCCAGCAACCUAACUUUUUUAGAGAUAUGCAACAUGACUUACGAUCUAGGAGUACACCUACAUAUCCUCUUGGGCAAGUGCAACAUUUAAAUAUCGAUGGCUCUCUACAAAUGGGUUCGAAGCAUGCUCGAUUGGUUACAUCUUUCCCAAUGGAAUUAUAUGGUCAAGAUAGGCUAAUUGAUUGGCCAUCCUCUGGAUUUGAUCCAACUUUUACAAGUGUGAGACAAAAGGGAAUAAAUCCACCAUCAUCUACAAGAAAGGGAAAGGAGCCCUCAUAUUCUAGUAUUAAAGACAAUUCGCAAUCUGGAGAUAUUGUUGGCCCUUCUGUUGUUCCUCCUCUAUCUCCUAUCGGUACAUCUUGGGACGCACCAACAUCUGGAACUAAUAUUGAAAGCUUUGCCAUUGCUGAAAAGAUGGACAUGGAAAAUUUUGAAGAAGAUAAUGAAGAUAUAUCAAAACUAUUGAAAGAGCUAGUGAAUGACCAGGCUAAAGAAAAUAGUGCAAAUAGUGCAGAAUCUCAAUCCUUCCCUGAAGGUGGUGCUGGUGACAACAAUAUAAAAGCCCAACCUUUGAGCAUAGAGAAAAAAGUUUCUUCAAAUGUCAACAAAGAAUAUAUAAAAGAUCAAUGAACUAGACCAAGGAAAGACACAGAGUUGGUGACAAGGAUGGCCUACUUAUUAUGGGAUUUUCUUUGGCAGCCAGAUAAGAUGAUUGGAAAUAAAAUAUGGUUCCAUGUUCCUCUUUUAACUUACUUUUUCAGUCUUUAUGUAAAAGGUAAAUUAUCCAUGAGUCAUGUAAAUGAGUCUAUUAGACAUCAUGUCGAUGUGCUUAAUGAAUUUUGAUGCUACAAUAUCCUGGUAUGUUCUGGAUAAUUUGGGAAUAAAUUGUGAAAGUAAUUCAUGUUUAAUGUGGCAA